CGACAAAGUGUACAAAUGCGACUGAGUGAGAUAAAUAUGCCUUUUAUUAGAUCGAGUGUGUGCUUUUGAAGUUUCUUAGUGCAGUGGAUGGCGCUGGGCACGUGGGUCAUAUUUCUUCGUCAUGGCGAUAAAGGAGUGUGUUCUAAAUUCUCGCGUUUCUUACGGAAGAGAGGAUAAAGCGGGGUGGCGUUCGAGGGUACAAACCUGGAAGGAGCAGCGUAUGAGUCAUAGAGGUCUAAUGCACAAUAAGACGGAUGCAGACGAUAAUAUUGUACUUGGUUACGUCAUAUGACCGAUGUCGCUACAGCCGCCACAUAACAUGAAUGCAUCAAAGUAACACGCAGUACACCUUACACCUAAAGUGUCUCACGUCAGGCUUUUUGUUUCUGAAAAUGAGGUCUUUAAAAACGGCAUAUUCCUUGUACCUAUGUGAUCCAGCACCUAUCCUGUCGGAUCCAGUAGUAUCUGCAUUUUCCUUUUAUUUUUUUCACUUAAUGGGGACUUCUUUGCUGUAGCAACAUUUUUUUCCCCUUUAACGACAUGACUUUGCUGCGUUGUUCGAAGUUAAUUUCCAAGUUUAAGCACGCCUGACCGAAAAGGCCAGGGCGCACGUUCUAGUGCCUUUGGGAAUGCAAUCUGCCACCACGAGUCACAUUGGUUUCUAAUGGGAUGAAGCCAUGGGUACACUUGGCUACCAUUUUCUCGCCAAAGGAGUCCAUACGGCCCCCAAAGCGUUGCAUGCACAUCAAGUAUUACGUCGAAUCAAUCGGCUUUGCUCAGAAAUCCUCUUGAAUCACACCCUCCUCCUUGAGAUGAGACAAAGUAGAGCCCAGCAAACGGUGUGCGGUCCCAAAGACCGAAGAAGAUGAACCGAAGAGAAUCUUAAGGAAGAUGGCGUUCCGUUUCUCUUCCACACUGUCAGCUGACCAACCCGUUUAUUAAGGUGUAACUGCAGGAGCCGGUCCCAACAGGCUUUGCAUCCUCAUCACACCUAUAAAAAUGUCACCCGCUUCCCUUCUCUGCGCAGCACAGGCAAAUGCUGGCCUCCUAGCUCCCCUUUCUGAGCUGGCGUUGUUGGUUGUAAACUGCGACGGGGACAAAAUGCCCCGCAGGACCGCGGAGCUGGCCGCCGGCGGGGACCCGCCAGGGACUCUUGCCCUUGGCGCCUCACGAACACUCUCGACCGUAUUCGGCUCUUUCCGGCCUCUCGAGGCGCUUCGGGUGGCCUCGGCUUCCGCCGCUCUCACGUUCGGCAGUUUCCGCGUUCCGCGCGCAGCCGUUGUCCGGGCAACGCGCUGCGGCUCGGCGGAGAGGCCCUGAGUUUAAGGAAAGGAAGUGCGCUUGUUUGCGAACUGAUGCCACUGAUCGGUGUCGUUAGGUCCCUCCCAGAGGUAGAAACACACUGCAUUCGAUCUUCUGUGAUUGGCUUAUUUCGCUGAGCGGAACGUAACGUCUCCUAUGUUCAUCGAUAUCGUGACAUGUCAGAAUCUCAAGGCUGGUUCAUUCUGUGUUCUGUAUGUGCACCAUAUUGUGUCUCCAUUCAUCUGCCAAGAGACAGUGGUUGUUCCGUCUUUCUGACUACUGUGAAUACCCUGACUUGGUCUGAGUGUCAUCAUGGCCCUCUAUUUUGACCACCGAGUGGAAGCCCCGGACUCCGUUGGGUCUCCUUCCCACAUCCACUGGCACCCUGUGCAUCCAUUCCUGGCAGUUGCCUCCGUCAGCCCGACCUCAGGAGGCAGCGUGGAUGUAUACCUGGAACAAGGUGAGCAUGCGCCCGAUACGCAUAUCGAGAGGUCGUUCCGGGUCACUUCCUUGUGCUGGCAUCCGACGCGAAUGAUCCUGGCUGUUGGCUGGGAGACCGGAGAAGUGACAGUGUUUAAUAAGCAGGACAAGGAGCAGCAUGCGGUCCCCCCGACCCACACCAGCGACAUCACCGUCCUCAAGUGGAGCCCCAACGGGAACUGCCUCGUGUCGGGGGACAGGCUUGGCGUCCUGCUCUUGUGGAGGUUGGACCAAAGGGGUCGGGUACAAGGGCCUCCUCUGCUGAAGCACGACUACGGAAAACCCCUAACCCACUGCAUCUUCCGGCUCCCCCCUCCUGGCGAGGACCUCAUUCAGCUGGCGAAGGCGGCUGUGAGUGGCGAUGAGCGAGCCCUGGACAUGUUUAACUGGAGGAAAAGCAGCUUUGGGAGUCUCCUGAAAAUGGGCUCUCAAGAGGGACUGUCGUUCUUUGUCAGCCUGAUGGAUGGGACGGUGCACUAUGUGGACGAGAAAGGCAAGACCACCGAGGCAGCGUCCACGGACAGCUCGGUGCAGGCGCUCUUCUACCUGGAGAGGAGGGAGGCCCUGGUGGUGGUCACGCGGAGCCUGCUGCUGUCCCUGUUCGUGGUGAGGCCCGAGGGCGAAGCGGAGGAAGUGAUGAAGGUCAAGUUGAGUGGGAAGACGGGUCACCGGGCAGACAUCGCGUUGAUCGAGGACAGCGUGCUCGUGACCGCCGUAGGGGAGCCCAUCCUCAGAUUCUGGGAUUUGGAAGGAGGAGAGAAUUACGUGCUGAGUCCAGAAGAGAAGUUUGGUUUCGAGAAAGGAGAGAAUAUAAACUGUGUUUCUUACUGUAAAGUCAAAGGUCUCCUGGCAGCGGGCACCGAUAAGGGGCGAGUUGCCAUGUGGAGAAAACUGCCGGGCCCGCAGAGCGGCCGAGCGGCCGAGGGCAAGGACAGGUGGGCCGUUCAGACCCCCACUGAGCUCGAAGGCAACAUCACACAGAUCAAGUGGGGCUCGCGGAAGAGCCUGCUGGCGGUCAACAGCAUCAGCUCCGUGGUGAUCCUCAGUGAGCAGGCCAUGUGCUCACACUUCCACCAGCAAGUGGCCGUGGUGCAGACCUCCCCAAGCCUGCUCAGCGUGUCCUUCCUGUCCACGGGCAUGACGCACAGCCUGCGCACAGACAUGCACGUCCGCGGGGUGUUCGCCACCAAGGAUGCCGUUGCCGUCUGGAACGGGAAACAGGUGGCGAUCUUCGAGCCUUCUGGAGCCACGUUACGGAAUGCAGGAACCUUCCUGUGUGAAUCUCCAGUGUUAGCCAUGCACGAGGAAAACGUUUACACCGUGGAGCCAAACCGAGUUCAAGUUCGAACCUGGCAGGGGACCGUGAAACAGCUCCUGCUGUUCCCAGAGGCGGAGGGGAGCCCAUGCUUCCUUGACAUCUGUGGAAAUUUCCUGGUUGUGGGGACAGACUUGGCUCACUUUAAAAGCUUUGAUCUUUCCCGAAGAGAGGCCAAAGAGCACUGUGGUGACCGGAAGCUGGCCGAUCUGAUCCCGGGCGCAGCGGGCAUGGCCUCGCUCAGGUGUAACGCCAGCGGCGGCAAGAUCAGCAUCCUCCUCAGCAAGGCUGACGGCAUCCCCGAUUCCAAAAUCUGCUUCUAUGACGUGGAAAUGGAUACCGUGAGUCUCCUGGACCUCAAGACGGGGCAGGUUUAUCGGAGGGAGACGCUGUCCUUCAACGGGCAAGAGACCAAGAAGAGCCCCGCCUUUGCGGACGAAAGACUGAGGGAUCUCGUUCCCGUGAGCCACUUCUGGGACCAGAGCGAGCCCAGGCUGUUCGUGUGCGAGGCCGUGCGGGAGGCGCCGGGGGCCCCGCUGCAGCCCGGGGACAAGAAGCCCCCCGCCGAGGACGGCCCGGACUCCACGGCUGACGUGCUGGUCCUGUCCUUCUUCGUCACCGAAGAGCAUGGCUUCUUGCUCCAGGACAGCUUCUCCCGGCCUCCCGCCUACCAGACCCUUCUGGGAAUUCAAGUGCCUCACUAUUACUUCACGAGGAAGCCAGGAGAAGCAGACGGGGAAGACCAGGGGGAUCCGGGGCGCCACCGCGUCCCCGACCUGGUGGGCAGGAGACCCCUGCGAGACUUCGUCGGACUGGAGGGCUGCGAUAAGCCCACUCAGGAUGCCAUGCUCGACUUCAGCUUCUUUGUCACCAUCGGAGACAUGGAUGAAGCUUUGAAAUGUAUCAAGCUCAUCAAAAGCGAGGCAGUCUGGGAGAACAUGGCCCGCGUGUGCGUGAAGACCCAGCGGCUGGACGUCGCCAAGGUGUGCCUGGGGAACAUGGGCCACGCCCGCGGAGCCCGAGCGCUGCGCGAGGCCGAGCAGGAGCCAGAGCUGGAGGCCAGGGUGGCCGUGCUGGCCAUACAGCUGGGCAUGCUGGAGGACGCCGAGCAGCUGUACCGGAAGUGCGGCCGCUACGACCUCCUCAACAAGCUGUACCAGGCGUCCGACGAGUGGCAGAAGGCCGUGGAGGCAGCGGAACUGCGGGACCGCAUCCACCUGCGCACCACCUACUACAACUACGCCAGGCACCUGGAGGCCAGCGCCGACCGCAGCCUGGCCCUCAGCCACUACGAGAAGUCGGACACCCACCGCUUCGAGGUGCCCAGGAUGCUCUCGGAGGACCCACGGUCCCUGGAGCUCUACGUCAAUAAGAUGAAGGACAAGACCCUGUGGCGGUGGUGGGCCCAGUACCUGGAGAGCCAGGCAGAGAUGGACGCCGCGCUGCACUACUACGAGCUGGCACAGGACUACUUCUCCCUGGUCCGCAUCCACUGCUUCCAGGGCAACAUCCAGAAGGCUGCUGAGAUCGCAAAUGAGAGCGGAAACUGGGCCGCGUCCUAUCAUCUGGCCCGCCAGUACGAGAGUCAGGAGGAGGUGAGGCAGGCAGUGCACUUCUACGCGCGCGCACAGGCCUUCAACAACGCCAUCCGCCUGUGCAAGGAGAACGGCCUGGACGACCAGCUCAUGAACCUGGCCCUGCUGAGCUCCCCCGAGGACAUGACGGAGGCGGCGCUCUACUACGAGGACAAGGGCGAGCACGUGGACAGGGCGGUGAUGCUGUACCACAAGGCCGGCCACUUCUCCAAGGCUCUGGAGCUGGCCUUCGCCACCCAGCAGUUUGUGGCCCUGCAGCUCAUAGCGGAGGACCUGGACGAGAGUUCGGACCCUGCCCUCCUGGCCCGCUGCUCGGACUUCUUCCUUGAGCACCAUCGGUACGAGAAGGCGGUGGAGCUGCUCCUGGCCGCAAAGAAGCACCACGAAGCCCUGCAGCUCUGCCUGGAGCAGAACAUGACCAUCACCGAGGAGAUGGCUGAGAAGAUGACCGUGCCCAAGGACUCCAAGGACCUGUCUGAAGAGUCUCGGCGCCAGCUGCUGGAGCAGAUCGCCAACUGCUGCAUGCGCCAGGGCAGCUACCACCUGGCCACCAAGAAGUACACGCAGGCGGGGAACAAGCUCAAGGCCAUGAGAGCGCUGCUGAAGUCAGGGGACACGGAGAAGAUCGUGUUCUUUGCGGGCGUCUCGAGGCAAAAGGAGAUCUACAUCAUGGCUGCCAACUACCUGCAGUCCCUGGACUGGCGGAAGGAGCCGGAGAUCAUGAAGACCAUCAUCAGCUUCUACACCAAGGGGCGGGCCCUGGACCUCCUGGCCAGCUUCUACGAGGCCUGCGCCCAGGUGGAGAUCGAUGAAUACCAAAACUACGACAAAGCCCACGGGGCGCUGACCGAGGCCUACAAGUGCCUGGCCAAGGCCAAGGCCAAGAGCCCCCUGGACCAGGAGACCAAGCUGGCUCAGCUGCAGAGCAAGAUGACACUGGUGAAGCGGCUCAUCCAGGCCCGAAGGACAUAUGCCGAGGACCCUAAGGAGGCGGUCAAGCAGUGUGAGCUGCUCCUGGAGGAGCCCGAGCUGGACAGCAGCGUCCGCGUCGGGGACGUCUACAGCUUCCUGGUGCAGCACUACCUGCAGACCGAGGAGUUCCAGGCGGCAUACAGGUAUCUGGAGGAGAUGCGGAAGAAAGUGCCCUCUGCCAACGUGUCCUACUACGUGAGCCAGCAGACCGUGGACGCCGUGCACCGGGGCCUGGGCCUCCCUGUGAUGCGCGCCAUGUCCGGGCGGGUCCACCACAACAGCGUCGACGACCGCAGAGAGGCAGAUGAGGAGGUGCAGGAGGAGGAAGAGGAUAGCGAGCCCUGACAGCCGCUGCUGCUCCCCCAGAACCUGCCAGGGUUCAUGGCAAGAGCCUGACUUUCUCGUUGAAAUGACAGCUGUGUCUGACACCCCAGGGCACCGGCUGUCCUGCUCAGAAGGGGCCUUGAGGUCCCUUUCCUGCCCAGGGACUUGGUUCCUCUUCUCCAGGACCGUCUCCCAAGCAUAGUCUGUAAAGCCUAAAAACCUUGUGGAACUCGA